CACCUGACAAGGGAGGCGGGGACCCGAGAACCUGCAGCGAGUUUGGGCUGGCGUGGCUGACUCUCGCCAAGAUCUCCGCUCCGGUUCUUUCUCAAAACGCGCGCCUGCAGUGAGAGUGACCUGGAGGAAGGGGCUUGGGAAGGGCAGGGCCCCGGUGCAGCGACGAGGGGCUCGGGCCCGCUGCUGUCCCGGAAGUCCCCAGCCAACUGCGGGCGCUUCUCCUCCUACGCCGUCUGGUCAUGGCGAGAUUCUGGGUGUGCGCCGCCGGCGCCUGCGUCUUGCUUGCGUUGCUGGUUUUGCAUUUCCACAUCUGUGGUUCUCCGGUUUUUAGGAAACUUUCUUUUCAAAUUAACUGGAACGCUGAGGAAAUUCUUUACCGGCUGGAUGUGGGUUGGCCCAAGUAUUCGGAAUACUUCACUGGAACAACGUUUUGUGUUGCAGUUGACUCCCUCAAUGGAUUGGUUUACGUCGCCCAGAGAGGGGAUAACAUCCCAAAGGUAUUAGUGUUCACAGAGGAUGGAUAUUUCCUACGAGCCUGGAAUUACACAGUUGACUCCCCUCAUGGUAUAUUUGCAGCCAGUACACCACACGAACAGUCCAUCUGGAUCACGGAUGUAGGAAGUGGAUCAUAUGGUCAUACUGUUAAAAAAUACAAUUCCUUGGGUGAUCUUGUUCAAGUCUUGGGUACCCCAGGGAAAAAAGGCUCCAGUUUGAAUCCUCUGCAGUUCGAUAAUCCUGCAGAAUUAUAUGUAGAGGACACAGGAGAUAUCUACAUUGUGGAUGGAGAUGGAGGAUUAAAUAACAGGUUGAUCAAAUUGUCCCAAGAUUUCAGCAUCCUUUGGCUGCGAGGAGAAAAUGGCUCAGGGCCUGCUAAGUUCAACAUACCUCACAGUGUUACAGUUGAUUCAACUGGCCGGGUAUGGGUUGCUGACCGAGGAAAUAAAAGAAUCCAAGUGUUUGACAAAGAGACUGGGGAGUUGCUAGGAACAUGGGAUAAUUGUUUCAUACAAGAGGGCCCUUCUGCAGUCAGAUUUACACCUGAUGAAAAGUACUUGAUUGUGGCCCAGCUGAAUCUUAGUAGGCUCUCAAUUGUGGCAGCACCCCCUGUGGGAGACAUUGGCCUGUGUUCUGUGAUCAGCACAAUCCAACUGGCAGAUCAAGUUUUACCACAUCUCCUAGAAGUGGAUAGAAAGACUGGAGCAAUCUAUGUAGCAGAAAUUGGAGCAAAACAAGUACAAAAGUAUGUGCCUUGGAGUGGCUAUGUUCUUUGAUUUGGAUCAUAAUUUUUUGUUUUUACUGUGGAUCUUUCUUAGAUUCUCAAAUUUUAUUAAGUGCUUAAAAUGAUAUUCAAGCACAAGAAUUUGUUUACAUUUUCCUGAUCUAGUAUCAGAUUUGUUUUUAAUGUUAUUAACAAUCAUGUUUUUAUUGCCUUUCUUGGGACUUAGUCUUACUUCUAAGUGCAUGAGGUUAUUUAAAGGAAGAAUUGUGGGAAGGUGUUUAGCCUAGGAGUUAGGACAUCAGAGUAUGUGCAUUCAAUCCUGGCUCCAGCUUCUGAAUUAAGCUUCCUGCCAUUGCAGAACCUGGGAGCCACAAGUGAUGAUUCAAGUGAUUGAGUUCCUGCUACUUAUAUAGGAAACCUUGAUUUCAUUCCUGGUUCCCUGCUUUGUCCCCAGACCCAGACCAGCCCUGACUGUGCAGGUGUUGGAGAAGUGAACCCAUAGGAUGAGUACUUUCUCUUAUCUGUUUCUCUUCUUGUUCUGUUGCCAUUUGUCCGUGUCUAUCUCUGCUUUCUUUGUCUCUUUGCCUGUCAAAUAAGGGUGUAACUUAAAAGAAUGAGGUCAUAAAGAAGGACUACAAUUAUAAGCUAGUUAUUUGCUCUGGUAAACAAAUUCUCCCAGGUAAAACAGUAGGAACUAAAAUGGGUUCACAGGAUAAUUUAUUGAAUGUCAUGGAAACACCUGCUGAUGUCCAGUUUGUUCAGCUUCCAUAAAAUGAACUCACUGAGAGAAAGUAAGUCAGGUGGGCUGUUGAUUAUUUUGAGUAUCCACAGAGUACUAGAUCCUGAAGAUUCAAAGAUGGAGAAGCAAAUUUUGUGCUGUUUGAGUAGCCUACAGUGCACUGAGGAGACAAGCAGCAUAGUGACAGCAACACGGGAGUGCAGUGGCACUUUCCAGAAGAGGAGCACUGCAUUUGACCAAGGGACUCAUGAAGACUUUAUAGGACAAGUCUGAACUUGGACUUGAAAAUUAAGGAGGAGUUUUUAGGGGACCAGGAGGAGAAAAUGGCUUCCAAGUAGAGAAGGUAUGAAGGCUAUCAACUUGUGAGGAUGAGCCAUGCUUUUAGCCUUUGUUUUGAAGCCUUGCCUGGCUUUUUUGAUUUGUUUUGUUUUUUAAAGAUUUAUUUAUUUGGAAGUCAUAGUUACAGAGGGGGUGGGGGGAUGGAGAGAGAAAGAGAGAUCUUCGAUCCACUGGUCCACUUCUCAAAUGGCCACAAUGACUGGAUCUGAGCCAGGCCAAAGCCAGAAUCCAGGAGCUUCUUCAAGAUCUCCUCCCUCUUUGAUGCAGGGGCCUGAGCACUUGGGCUAUCUUCCAUUGCUUUCCCAGGCACAUCAGCAGGGAGCCGGAUUGGAAGUAGAACAGCUGGGACUAGAACCGGCACCCACAUGGGAUGCUGGCAUUACAGGCAGUGGCUCAACCUGCUACUCCACAAUGCUGACCAGCCCCCCUUGGCUUAGCAGAAACCUUUAAAAUGCGAGGAUGAACUGACUUAUGCCAUAUGCCUAAGCACUUUACUGGAAGGAGUUCUUAAACAUAACUAGAAUGGUUUUCAAAGGUAGCAGUAAAAACAGGGCCUCUCCUCAGUGCUUCUUCCAACUUUAGUUUAUUCCUGACAUGUGUGUACCUCAGUGAAGUUUCAGGAGAGUUACUUGUAUGGGGAUGUGCCAAACACUUUGCACUAUUGUGACUAAAUAUUUUCUGACUUUCUAUUUCUACAUUUUUCUCCUCUUGGUCUGAAGAUUGGCUUCCCAAUUAAAACCCUGUUUUUCCAGUUCUAGUUUGUUCUAGGUUUUGGUGGAACCUUGCUAUAUAGCAGUCUCUCACAUCAGUCUUCCCCUUGCUCUACUGUAAAUUGUGUAGCAGUUGAGAAAUCUUGAGCUAACUUUGCUCAUCACCUAUGGUGGCUGGAGUCUACUUUCCAAACCAGAAAGAAGUUGUAUGUUAAUGCUUGGUCCAAAUCUCAGUGUGGUUAGGAAGGGAAAUCUAUCCACAGAAAGCCCUAUUCCUGUGUUCCUGAAAGGAAUGUGCCACAAGUGGGCUAAGUUUUUUUCCAGUAGCAUGGGAACAUUGUGUUGUAAGGGUCAGAUCUGCAAUAGGUACAUAUGUGCCCUUUGAAUCCCUGCUCCAGGUAUAUUACAGGACUUUUAUUAAUAAAAAGUUCCUCUCAGUGUGUUGUUUACCUGACACAAGGACCAGGUUGGCCUUAAUUUUAUGUUUAUGGCUUUUUAUAAGACACUUCAUUUAUGUAAUUUAUGCAGUUAAGAUAAAAAAAUAAUUUGAGAGUUUAUUUGUUGGAAAGCUAGGACAAGAAAUGCAAGUGCCUCUGUGAAGGAAUGUAGGUUAGACUGAUUUUUUCAUUUAAAAAAUGUUUUAUUUAAUUUUGUUUUAUACCAGAUUUGUAUAAAGCUUUCUGAAAAUACUGUUUCUGUGUAACUUACGUGAAGUAUUUAUUUCAUAGCAUACUUGUAAUCAUAGUAUUUUUUUCCUUUGGAUUAAUUGGUUAAAUGAAUAGGAAAUAUACUUUGUAUUUAAAAAAUAUAUAGAUUAAAAUUCUGGAAUGAAAAGUCAAUGUUAUCCAAUUCUCCAAUUAAAGAUUAAUUUUAUUGUUAUAAAAACAGUUUGUAAUUCCUUAUUCCAUUUAAGAAUUUCAGCAAUACUGGAAUCACAUGUGGUGCUAAGAAAAUAUCCCCAUCUGCACACAUCUGUGAAGUGUAAGCUGUUGUUCAUCAAUAUCGCUAGAUGUUGCUUGGACAGUUUAAACAGUGUGGCUGCCUUUGUGGUGGUGGAUGGGUAUACAUGACAGUAAUUAGUAGCUAAUCGUGGUUAAGCAUUAGAAGUGGAACCUCUUUAUGCCUCUGCUUUCUAAGUCUGUUCUUGGGGUAGAAGAAGGGAGUAUUUCAAAGGUAACUAUAGGUAUCUAGGCUCACCUCCACUAUAAGAUUAAGUCCAUAAAAUGAAAUUUUGCUGAUCAUAGAAAACUUGGAUACUUUCUGAGUAAACAAAGAGGAUCCAUAUAAUUUGUGCUUAGGUCACUUGACAGGGUAAAUGAAUGCUAUGAUUUGAGUCGCAGCUCUACUCCCUAUAUCAGCUUCCUGCUAAUGUGACAUCCUGGGGGACAGAAUAUGGCUCAAGUAAUUGGGUCCAUGCCACCCACAUGAAGAGUUCCCAGCUCCUGAUUUUGGCCAGGCUCAGCCUAGGCUGUUGUAGUUAUUUGGGAAGUUAGCUAGUGGAUGGAAAAUCUCUGUUGCUCUGCUUUUCAAAUAAAAUAAAAGAUUGCCUCAAGCAGUGUGGCUGUAAGGCUUAGAGGGUAACAUUCUAACUUUUGUUUUACCUUUACUGGUUUUAAAUGUUUUUGAAUUUGAGAGCAAGAUAACUUGGAAAGCCAGCAUCAACGCUGGAACUUUUAGGGCUUAUGUUGUGGAACAGCAGUUUAAAAGGCUACUCACAAUGCCAGCAUCCCAUAUGGGCAUCAGUUUGAGUCCUGGCCACCCUACUUCCAAUCCAGGUCUCUGCUAAUGUGUCAGGGAAAGCAACAGAGGAUUGCCCGAGUACUGCCCCUUCCCACCCACAUGGGAGAUGCAGAACAAGCUCCUAGCUUCUACAUUUGGUCUGGCCCAGCCCUGGCCAUUGUCGCCAUUUGGAGGGUGAACCAGGGAUGGAAGAU